AUGACUAACACCGCGGCCUACACGCCACUCGAAUCGCUAUUAUUAUUCCAAUCGCUCCUCCAGUACGGCGUCGAGACAACUGCCUUCGCCCAGAUCUCAAGCAACCUAAGAAACAACGGUCUGAUUCGAGAUGGUCCGACCUACGAUGCCAGUCGACUGAGCCCCGAGUCGCUCCAGGAGCUGUUUCUGCAGCUUCUGCGCGACGAACUCAAGGGCGAGGACGGCCGUAAUAAUGCCGAUAAACUCGAGGGUAGCUUGUCGCCUAACAGCAAAAAACGCAAGCUGCAAUCACCGCCGCUGCCAACUUUGCAGGAGGCGCGUCUUCAUCUCGAUAAACUCCCUGUCUUUGUAGAGAGGCUUUACGCGCGGUAUCGGGACCAUGUCGUCCGGUCAAUCAGGGAGGAUGAACGACGCUUCGAUAUCUUGCAGAAAGAGAUACAGACCAUCGAGAAGGAGGCAGAGGCCGUGAGCAGUCAUGCCAGCCUUCAGAACGGAGCCGCAGCAGCUACAGGACAGCGAUACGGACAAAGGCCUAAUGGGGCUGCCCCUUCGCCGGUCCCUACGGCCGUGAAUCAUCUGCAGGACACAGCGAAGCAUUCACCGGUGCCGCAACCACGCCCGAUAUCUCCCGCUGUACAAGGGUUAGCAGCUCCCGGCCAACCGGUUCUCGCUCAGUCCCAGCCUGCUGUUGCAUCGCGGUCAGCAUCGCCAGCCGUAGGCCCCAUGGGCCGGGAGUCUCCAAGGCCCCCCAAUGCUGUGCCCCAUGGUCUGCAAUUACCUCAGGGUGCUGCAGGUCUUGCGCCUCGACCCACACAAGGGCCGGCCACCCCUCAACCACCAGUCCCGGAAUCUCAACAGAGGGCGGAUGGAAGUGCAAAACACCAGGUACCAGUUCACCCAGGUGUCGCAACUGGACAGCUAAAGUGGGAGCCUCCUUAUCAGCCACAAUCUGGACCGCCCUCACAACCACGCAGUCCGGCCAACAUCGCCCCUUAUCCCCCUCCCAAGGGUCAGCCUCCGGCCCGGACUGCGCAGGCAGGACAGCAGCAAUACCAAGGCGUUCUUCAGCAGGGCCAUGCUCCUUUGACGCACCCCCAUGCGCCUUCAUCACUGCAACAGCCGCAGGCCGUGUUAUUGGCACCCUCUAGUACGCAAUCGCCACAACACGCUGGCCAGCAUCUGGCCCCACGGCAGCCCACCUCCCAACUACAAAGGCCUAUUGCGCCUGAACAAGCUAUUCUUGCUCCAGCCCCUCUACCUCCUCCACACAACGUUGCUCAGUCUGGGCCUCCUAGAAUACCAAACAAACCACCGACACCAAAUCCACCGUCCUCAACAUCGAUUCCUUCAGGGCCUCCACAACAACAGCGGACGGCAACCACAAAUAUCCCGCUUCCUGUCAACCAGGUGCAAUCACCAGCGAUUACUGGCUCAGCAUCUCCUGCUCCUACUCAAAGUGAUAGUCAGAAGCCUUACAGCUCUCCGUACAACCAGCAGCGUCCAGCUGUACCUGAACAUCUUGUUCCUCAACGAGUCUCAACGCCGACCCCGCUUUCAAAAGCUCGACAUGCGCAAGCUCUGCCACAAACGCCUCUCAACACGGCUGCUGCUUACCAAGGGCCUCGCGGCACAGGAACUCGCUGGAAGUCCUCGGAGCCAACACCAUCCACCCCGCGUCCCGAGGUCGGAGACAUUCCCAGUCCUGCGUUCGAGCCUUUGAGUCCACCAUUGGCACCUGCAGAUCUUCCAAGUUCUUUGACUGGUCGGCAACCCUCGAGAAAACGCCAGUCAUCUAAAGAAGUAGAGAAGACUGACACAGCUGCACCCAAGCGCGGACGACCACUGCGAAGUGCGCAGAAAGCGCGUGAGUCCACCGCAGAAGCACAUCGCACGCGUAGCCCGUCAGCCGACGAAGCAUCUACUAUCAUUAAGGAUGAAGAAGCUACCCCUCGGCCACAUGAUGAGCUCCGCGACCUACCAGUGAAAGAGGCACCAUCGCACGGACGCCGCAGGGCGACACCUGGUGGUGUCUCGUCCAGGGCCCAGAAGCGCAAACGGGCCGAGUCAGAAGUGCCUGCUGAGCCAAGUCUUAUUUCUGCUCCACCAACUCAUGUCUUGUGGACCAAGGGCUUCCCGAGAAUCAGUGCCUCAGCCCUUGACCAGAUCGGCAGUCACCGGCAUGCCAACAUGUUCGCAAACAAGAUUCGAGAUCGCGAUGCUCCCGGUUAUAGCGCAAUCGUGCGGCGUUCCGUGGAUCUCAAAUCGAUACGCAUGGCCAUCAACCACGGCAACAAGGCUGCCGUCAGUGCAGCGGCAGCCCUGCCUGAAGACGAUAGCGGUGGCAGUAGUGUCUGGCUACCGAUUAGCGAGGACAUUGUUCCUCCGCGAGGUAUCAUCAACAGCAGCCAGCUGGAAUGUGAACUGGUGCACAUGUUCUCCAACGCGAUCAUGUACAACCCUGACUCGAAUCGCGGCCCUGGUCCGGCCUUCAUGGUCGCCGAGCCAACAGGGGAAGACACAGGCGAGGGUGAUGCCAGCGUUCUUGGCUAUAAGGUAGACGAGGAUGGCGUGGUCAACGAUACGCGCGCCAUGUAUGUUGAGGUAGAGAAGCUUCUUAGUGAUAUGCGAGCUGCCGAGAAACAGCGUGGCGUCCCACCUUUGCCAGCAGGGGCCGCCGGGAUUACGAGGCAGGAGAGCGUUGCGAUUGGCGACGAUCCAGCUGCGACCGAAGACGAUGGCGAAGCUGCGACACCGGCAGCAGAUACCGAUGGCGGUGGCACGAUCAAGAAGCGCAGGAUUACUCGGGGAUGA